AUGAGCAAUAACGCGAGUUCCUUAGAUGAUAAAAUCAAACUGCUCCGCCUGGAGGGGUUACGGUACUGCGAAAAUGCGGACCGUAACCUGAAAGUGGCACUCCUCCAGGCAGACCAGAGACUGAAGGAAGCUCAGGAAGAGUUUGUGAAGCGGGAGAAGCAGGUUGCAACUCUGUCGAAGCAGUUCGGCAUGAUGAAGGUCACCCGCAUUGUGGAAAUAGCUAAGCUCGUUGUGGAUCAGAAAUCAGUAGACAUGACUGAAUUGAAGUUACAAGAGAUUGAUGCUAUGCAUCAGUAUGUCAUACCACUGGUCCACCAGAUGAAGACAGUUGAACUCCGGGAGAAGGAAUUCAAUUUAGUAAAGGACAAAAUUGAUGUUAAUGCGCACGUAUAUGGACUUUACAAGAAGGAAAUAGAAUCCCAUAAUGCUGGACAGUAG